AUGCUGUUUGCGUUGGACCCCUACAAAGUCAAACAGCGGGCAGGCCAGCGGCUGCGACGGAAAAUCAAGCUGGAUUUGGAGCGGUCUGCGCUUUAUCUUCUGUCACAAAUGGCUGCUUUCGCCGAUAGAACCGUGGAGGAACACACGCGUUUGCCUUUCAAACAAGGGCUUCGUAUCCUCGGCGGCAAGCACACGAAGCACACGAGCGAAUGGGUGAACACCGUUGAAGCAGAUGCCGCAUGCCGGAACCUAAUUGUGGACCACCAUGACUGGUGCAAUGUCACUUCUGGCCACAGAACCAGCCAACCCUGUGUUUUCGGUGAUAUUCUCCAUCAGCUGGCGUACCAGCUGGAUAUGGCGGGCUUGACUUUCAAGCGAAGACUGCAGCUGGUGGCCAAGGAGUCUAUGGCGCGGACUCAGUACUGUUACACGCACGGGCAACAAUGCCCCAUCAUGAGGACAGUGGACAUUGACAUGUCAGGACUGCCCUGUCCCGACAACUCACGAGCAAAUCGGAAGAGGAAGUUUGAGGACAUCCGCAUGAGCAUGCUGGAGGCCUUGCUUGGCCAGGAUUACAAUUUCGCGGAGCUGCUCGUUGAACCCAGUCAUUGUGGCUUUGGUGGAACAUCCCGCAAGCGGAAAUACAUUUUCGCCUACCAUAAAACCAACGCACGCUACCUCUUCGACGUUCAUGAGGCUUACCGGUGCAUCAGGACAGCCAUCCAGAAGACCGUGCAGACACGACCCCGAGACUACUUUGUUGCCGACCAGCACCAGCUGCAAGCACACGCGGCGCGGCUCGCAGCACUCCGACGUAUACCUGUCCAGGACACCUCAGACAUGUAUUAUCUCCUCAAUGGGCGGGAGAAGAUCCAAGUCCAGACACUCGACGCGUGCUACCGAGAGAGAUCAGGACACGAGCCGAAGCUCAACCAGGACCUGGUCUAUUUCCUAGGGGACAACGCAAGCUUCACAAAGUGUUGGAGCGCAGUCAACAACCGCAUCCCUACGUUUCGGACAAACUCAGCAAAUUUCUGGAUACCGUCCAAGCGGCGACUUCUUGUCACAGCUGACAAAAUGUCUGCGCUGGGAUUUCCUGUGUGCGAGAAUAGUGCCCGGAGCAUGGGCGUAGCUCCCGUCCCCUGCCUGGACCCGCGUCGUGGUGCCAAGGUCCUUGGCAACAGCAUGCACUUAAUCAAUGCCACAGUAGUUCUUUUUAUUGCCCUCACUUGCUUUGGUCGGGAUUGUGAAGCUCCUGGCACGAAGAUCGACUGGCCGGCUUUCAAGCGGCAAUGCACAAAGUUUUCAGCCUAA